AUGUUCUGGAGCGCAGGAGUCAGUGUUUUGUGUUGUGUUUUCGUCCAGGGGAACACAGGAGUGCUGCUGGGGAUGCUCCUCGUCUCCGUGGUCGUGCUGGUAGCUCUAGUGACGGUGAUGUCGGGGAUCGGAGUGUGCGAGCACUGUGGCGCCGGCAGCGGAGGAAUCUACUCCAUGAUCUCCACCGUCCUCGGGGGCAGAGUGGGGGGCACUGUAGGCCUCCUGUAUGUGUUUGGACAGUGUGUUGCCGGAGCCAUGUACAUCACAGGCUUCUCUGAGUCGGUGGCAGAGCUGCUGGGUUUACAGAGCCAGUGGGCGGUGAGCUGCAUGUCGGCCGCGGUGCUGCUCGCCCUGCUCGGAAUCAACCUGGCUGGUGUCAAGUGGAUUGUCAGGCUCCAGCUGCUGCUGCUGGCUGUUCUGGCCGUCUCCACGCUAGACUUUGUCAUUGGCACCUUCACACACCUCGACCCAGAGCAUGGAUUCAUUGGCUAUUCAGCUGAGCUGCUCACCAGUAACACGAAGCCAGAUUACAGCCCCGGAGAAAACUUCUUCACAGUAUUUGGGGUUUUCUUCCCUGCCGCCACAGGGGUCAUGGCAGGCUUCAACAUGAGCUCAGACCUUCAGCGGCCUGAACACAACAUCCCUGUGGGAACACUGGCAGCUGUCUUCACCUCGUGGUUCCUGUAUCUGGUCUUUGUCUUCCUCCUGGGGGCCAUCUGCACCAGAGAAGCUCUGCGCUAUGACUUCUUGAUAGCAGAAAAGGUCUCCUUGGUGGGUUUCCUCUUUCUGCUGGGCCUCUACAUCUCCUCCCUGGCUUCCUGCAUGGGCGGCCUGUACGGAGCACCCAGGAUCCUCCAGUGCAUCGCCCAAGAAAGGGUCAUCCCAUCUCUGGCAUUCCUGGGAAGAGGGAAAGGCCCAAACAAGACCCCGGUGGCAGCCAUCUGUCUCACCAGCCUGCUCACCAUGGCCUUCAUUUUCAUCGGCAAGGUCAACGUCCUGGCGCCCAUCGUCACCAUCAACUUCAUGCUCACCUACAGCUUCAUCGACUACUCCUACUUCAGCGUGGCCAUGACCUUCCAGCUUCAGACUCGAGACAAACGGGGCGCCUUGAUGCUGGCCAAGAAAAACCAGCGCAGGUCCACCAGGCAGAGCUCCAGACCGCUGAUCGAGGCCGCUCUCCCCAACUAUGGGAGCGGAGGAGAGAGUCCGCAGAGUAAAGGCACUCUGUUGGAGUUCACCAGGGACAUGGACCACAUCUUUCCUCCUGUCUCAGAUGUUGAUUCUGGAGCUGAGAAGACCGCCUCCACACAGGAGCUGAGCAGCAGACCAAAGACCAGAAAGGCGGCUGCUAAGCAGAAGCUGAUGGACAGCUUUGGUUUGGACCUGAACAGCAACGUAUUCUCAGAAGAGAAUGAUGAGGAGGAAAGUUCAGCUGGACCAGAGGAGGAGGAGGCUGAGGCGCCAAACGAAUGCUGGGAGCUCAGCGCUGGAGAGCAGCCUCAAGUCAAAUGCUGUACUAAAGCGGGUCCAGCCCAGGAUUCAGCUGCAGAGACUCAGAAUCACAACGCAGGUGUUGGAGGUAAAGCAGAACACCCGAGCUUUGAGAUCCAACCCAUGCAGGAUUCCCUCUAUGCAAAGUGUUGUAACCGCUGGAUUGCUCUUAUCGGGGCCUUGAGCUCCAUAUUUAUCAUGUUUGUCAUUCAGUGGGUUUACGCUUUAGCAAACAUAGUCGUCGCCGUGCUGCUCUUCUUCUACAUCGGGAAAACAAGUCCCGGACUUCCAAAAGGUAUUGCAGCUCAAUUCAGCUUUUUCCGGUGGCUGAAGUCGACUUUGAGUCGCAUUUGCAGGGGAAAAGGCUCCCCCCAGGAUGAGAUCGUGGUGACACCCUCUCUGUCUGGGGUCGGCCUGCAAACCAAGCAGCUGACGGAGGAAAACGCCGACUUUGCUUCUCGCCACCGCUAUCACCAAUCCUCGUUCAUCAGGGCCGACGAGAUGGUGCAACCACGGUUUCAAUGACAGGCUCAGAAUCCGCCUCGGUUACACGUCACAGCUGACAGCCCAAAACCACACGUUCUGCCUCAAAACGUGUGUCGUGUCGUUCAAUGGGCAGCGUUCACGUUUUCUAUUUAACAAAGACUCUGAGCUUCUCAGAUCGUUUUCCUGUGGUGGUUCAGGGAAGCCUGAGCUUUUCUUAGAGUUGCACAAAGGGUGUGUGUUUGUGUGAGAGAGUGAGAGACGUACUUGGGGUCUGGAAGUAGCUCGAGUUUGUAAGAAUAUUUUGUAUAAGAAGCAGAAGUUCUUUAUGUUGUCUGAUUAUACUUAAAUACUUUAAUUUUGACAUGUGUAUUACAAUCUGCAAAUUUUUCCUUUAUUUUUUUUGUCCUGUUGUUCCAAAGCGGUGCUCAUGUGGCCGUAAUAUCCUGAACAUGUACCCCAAAGGUUUAGUUCAAAUGCCCAUAUUCACUUCUCUCUGGAUACAGUUCACUGAUAAACGCAUAAUUACUAUUUUUAUUUUCCUGGUUGUCUAAAGCAUUCUUGCAGACGUGCAGUAAU